AUGCCUCCCUCCGAAGCUCUCCUCAAGUCCGUCCAGGACACCAAGGCCACGUACCGCCAGCUCGGCAACAGCGGGCUGCGCGUGUCGGUGCCCAUCUUUGGGUGCAUGAGCUUUGGCGACCCUCAAUGGCAGCCCUGGGUCAUUGACGAGGAAGCCGCUCUCCCUCUCCUCGAGGCCGCUUACAAGAUGGGCGUCAACACCUGGGACACGGCCAACAUGUACUCCAACGGCAAGUCUGAGGAAAUCAUCGGCAAGGCCCUCGAGAAAUACAACAUCCCCGCCACAAGGUGGUCAUCAUGA